AUGAGAAUAUCGCUAGAAGACGAAUCUGGACUGACUUCUGAUAUUGAGGAUAGAUAUACGAUCAGACCUCACGCAGACGUUGCGGAAAGCCACUAUUCCUCAGUAGCAGGACGAGUCCAAGACGAAUGCUCCCUGUCUUCCCUAACGCCUGCCUCCCGAUCAAGCCCAUCACCGGCGUUGCAUCUAAAUCACCCUCCUCCCUCUGGUUUCAGCCCACAAGAGUCAGGAAGAGAAUCGCCUGGAGUAUAUCGAGAAAGAAGAUCAACAUACGGGGUUGUGGAUCAGGCAACUGCGAUCCCUGGCGGUAGCCCUGAGGCGAGAUCCUCCGAAGCAGGCGGUCAAUUCCUUCUUAUAUCUGAAAUACUCGGAGAAGAUUUGCCUCCUGCACACAUCAUCGAAUUCACUUUGGAAAACUACAUCAAUGCGGUGCACUGGUUUAUGCUUCUGUUCCAUGAACCUUCGUUCAGGGCCGAAUUGCAGAUCUUGACCGCCACCGGUUAUGUUCGCGCCGAUCGGGUCCCGUUCCUUCUUCUUGCUCUUCUCGUCAUCGGUAUCGGUGCCAGCUAUGCAACCAGCAGUGACGCCCAAGAGCGAUGCCCUGGAGUGGAUAUCGACGCCCUGGCGACAAGACUUAUCCGAAAAGUUGAAGGAAAGUUGCUUGACCUAUACGAUGAUGCGGGAAUCGAGACCGUUCAGGUGUUGAUUCUUCUCUCUGCCUACUAUUUCUACAACGGUCGGCCCCAUCGAAGUUUUGCACUGUCGGGGAGCGCUUUCAAAGUUGCUCAGGCUCUGGGUAUCCAAAGGGAACCAAGUUGGAAUUUCUCAGAUCCCAUUCUUCGAGAAGUGUGGCGCCGCUUAGGUUGGGCACUCUACGUUGCCGAUGUAUUUGGUGCUAUUAGCUACGGUACACCCUGUACCGUCCAAGAUAUUGAAUGGGACCUGACCUUCCCUGGUAACAUCGACGAUACCUCUUUGACUUGUCCCGGUUUUGAGUCCAUGGAAACGUACAAUGACGAAACAAUCGGACCAGUGACGAUUUUUUCCUACCAGAGAUACAAGUUUCGACUUUAUCGUAUUGCUUCUUCGAUCGCACGAAACGUUUAUAUGCGAAAUGGAGCCACUCUCCACCACGUUGUCGGAGAAAUCAAAGCCAUAAAUGAACGCCUUCAUCAAUGGGAGAAGUGUAUCCCGCGAGAACUACGGUUAAAGCAUCUCAGAUGCAAUUCCACAGACGAGAAGAUACGACAGACUUUCAAAAUAUUUCAACUUCAAGCUCUCGUACUGCAGUUGUCGUAUGAUAACAUCCAACUUGUCCUCCACCGGCCUUUGCUUACAAUGAAUCGGGUACCGAGAUGGCCCUUGGAGGGUGCUGCCUCAGCCGGCGAAUUGGUUCCGGACACGCGCAGAGGUCCCGCCGAUGAUGUGAAUGGCAUGAUUAGAACUAGCAAGUAUCAAUGCUGGGUAUCGUCCAUGAGAACGUCACGGCUCGGUGAAUAUGCCGACAUACUUGCCGCCUCACGAAACACUCAUGGUGCAGCAUACGUUGGAAUCCAGUCUUUUACUGCUGGAGUCGUGCUCGGGAUUUUUGCCCUGUCAGAUCCUCUAUCCGACCAAGCUCAUCGAGCCAAACAUGCGGUGAGUAAAAUCGUCAAACUCCCACGACUGCACAAAUACCGCACGGUCGUCUCGGAUCAAUGCGGUGCGAUCCUCGAGGAGCUCAUCCGAUUAGUUCUUGCCGAAGAGAUGAAAGCCCUCCUGACCGACGGAGAUCACCCAGCCCACAACGGGGCUGGAAUCGCUCUUCAAGACCGAGAAGUUCCUAGAAAUCCAUAUACGAACACCGACGACGUCCACACCUAUCAACAGCCACUUGCAGUGACCACUCAAGUUGGAGAACAAGUAUCUGGUGAUGUCGAAAUGCCCGAAUCCGAUUCUGCUGGAUUUUUAUCCCAACAGCCACCUGAUUUGCCUGAAGAUAUUGCUUGUGGAAAUUUCACCGAUGCACUCCUUUCCCUACAGGAUGGUACGGGCUCCUCUUUAGCCUGUUUAACACAUUUCUGCUAA